GAGUGCUGGUAGCUUGAUGGCGGCGGACCGAAGUGAUCGGGACUGAGAAACAGACUUUACCGCCUCUGCUCCCAUCCGUUUCCCCGCUUCAAACGGAGACUCCAACUGGACACGCGGGAAAUUUGCGUGGAUUUACGGGAUUAAGGCCGCCGCGGAGACUCUCCGUACUUCUUUGUGACACGCUCGGUGCGGCUCAGGAGUGCCUGUACCCCCCGCUGGCUGGCUGUUAGCCUCGGUUACUGCUGAUCAACAUGGUGGCCUGUUGGUGAGGAGAGCCCCGGAGCUCCGUGAGGGGAAUUUUUCACGAGUUCCAUCCGCAGCCCGAACCGUUUGCGGCGCCGGACGCCGAGGCCCCGGACACGUCCCCGUCCCGGCGUUACUUUUACCUGCGCGGUGGUUGGUUACUGCGGAACAAACCGCGGUUUGGUGGCCGCAUAAGGAGCGUGUUCUGUGGACUGUGGAUAAUUGGAGUUCAACUGGGGGAAAAAAAAAAAAAAAAAAAAAAAAAAAAAAGUUCCCACCAGACCGCCUGAAAGUUUCCCCACAAGUUUGAAAACAAGCCCGAAAACCUUGAAGGAUUAAUCUGAGCAUUUAUUUUCUUUUGUGUUAUUUUUUUAUUAUUAUUUUUUAAUGACGGAUGCUGAUGAUUUGGCGAGCAAGUGCAGCCUCCUGGAUCAGUUCCAUCCUCUGAAAAUCCUCCUCGUUUCUCUUCCUCAUUAAUCUGUGGAUUAUUAUCAUUAUUAUUAUUAUUAUUAUUCUGGAUUAUGGCCUAAUCCGAGCCGCAGCAGAUUACCCUGCCGAUUUUUUUGGAGUUUAGGUCGGAUUUUCGUGUCGACGACGAUGGUGGUGAGGAUGACAGAGAAGAUCGAUGGUCUCCCUUCGUUAUGAUUCUGCCUAGAGAGGAGUUCAUUACAUGGAGACUCGCCUGACAUGCCGAGGAAGGAGUUGCCACUACCACACGGUUGGGAGGAAGCCAGAGACUUCGAUGGGAAAGUUUACUACAUUGACCACAUUAACCAGUGCACCAGCUGGAUCGAUCCCAGAGACAGGCAGACGAAGCCUCUGUCGUUCGCUGACUGCAUCGGAGAUGAGCUGCCCGUGGGUUGGGAGGAGGCGUACGACCCCGUCGUCGGAGCGUACUAUGUCGACCACAACACCAAGAGGACCCAGCUGGAGGACCCGCGGGCCCAGUGGCAGCGGGAGCAGGAGGCCAUGCUGCGGGACUACCUGGCCGUGGCCAGCGACGCGCUCAGCGCCCAGAAGGAGAUCUACCAGGUGAAGGAGCAGCGGCUGCGGCUGGCGCAGCAGGAGUACCGGCAGCUCAGCGACGCGUGGAGGGACAAGUCCACGUCGCAGACGAGCCUAAAUUCCAGGUCGUCCUCGUCCAGCAAAUACGACCCAGAGAUCCUCAAAGCGGAAAUCGCCACAGCCAAAAGCCGAGUGAACAAGCUGAAGCGGGACCUGGCCUGCAUGAAGCAGGAGCUGCAGUACAAAGAGCAAGGCUACGAGACGCUCAGAGAGAUUAACCAGAAAGUGUCGAACUGCCCGCACGGCUACAAGCCGCAGGACGCACAGGCCAUCCUCAGCGAGGUCCGCUCCAUCCGCGACGCCAUCAGCUCCGGGGAGAAGGAGAAGCAGGAGCUCAUGCAGAAACUGGCCGUGUUAAAGGACGGGUUCCAGCUGGACUCGGGCUCCCAGCAGGAGCUGUGGGGCAGCAGCCCGUCGCUCGCCAACUCGGAGAUGUCCGGCCCUCGCCUCUACUCCGAUGUCGGAUCCCAAACGGACCUCCCAGCUGAGUUCACGACCAGCAACAACAAACUGGCUGAGAAGGUCCGCCUGAGCCUGAAGUACGAAGAGGCCAAGAGAAGGAUCGCCAACAUCGAGGUGCAGAUCGCCAAACUGGACAGCGAGGCGUGGCCGGGGCUGCUGGACCCGGAGCGGGACCGGCUCAUCCUCAUCAACGAGAAGGAGGAGCUGCUGAAGGAGCUGCAGUACGUCCGGCCCCGACAGCGGCUGGAGCCCAACGACGCCGAGAAGCUGGAGACGGAGAAGAAACGUCUGGAGAGGGACCUGCAGGCCGCCAGAGACAACCAGAGCAAGGCGCUGACCGAGAGGCUGCGACUGCACUGCAAGCGGAGCGAGUUGGUCCGGGAGCUGGAGGAGACGGUCCGAGUGGCCACGUCGUUGCAGACGCAGCUGAAGAGCCUCUCGGCCAGCACCCUCUCCUGUUCGUCCGGCAGCAGCCGAGGCUCCCUGGCGUCCAGCCGGGGCUCCCUGGCCACCACCUCCAGCAUGGGCUCCACUUCCUCCCUCAGCUUCACCGACGUCUACCUGGAGCAGCCCGAGCUGGCCGACCCAGACCUGCGCAACAAGCUGGACACCUUCCUGCAGGAGGGCGGCCAGGGCGGCUACCGGCCCUCCAGCUCCAUCACCACCAUCCACGAGCACGAGGUGGUGACGGGCUGCGGCGAAAGGCUCGCGGGACCGUCCGACGGCAACGCGGCCGGGCCGGGGGGAGCCGAGCCCACCAGGGUCCAGGCCCUCAGACUCUCCGACACGCCCCGUUCCAUGAACUCGUUGUCGCCGCGCUCGUCUCUGUCCUCGCUGUCGCCGCCGUGCUCGCCGCUGGUCUCAGAGACCACGUUCCUGUCGGGGGAGACGGGGCCCGGCGGGCUGGGGCUGGACCUGGAGCUCCGCAGCAGGCUGGCAGAGCUGGAGCUGGAGCCUGAGGAGCAGCGGAGAGAGCGGCUGGAGGAGAAGCAGAACCUGAACAGCAUGCUGGGAGAGGAGGGCAAAGGUGCUCAGUUUCGAGGGGCGGCGCCAAAGAAGAUGGGCGUGACAUCGGCCGUGUCGGACGAGUCGGUGGCCGGUGAUAGCGGAGUGUACGAACCGUCGGAACGCAAGCCGGGACUCCCUGCAGAAAUCCUCCUAAACUCCUACGAGGACAGGUCUUCGUCGGGCUGCUCCCAGGUCCAACUCGGCUUCCGUUACGAGUCCAGAGACCAGCGCUUUACCAUCUAUAUCAUGCAGCUAACCAACUGCAGCGCCCUCUGUCUGCCGGCUGACCACAAAAUGUACGUUCGUCUGGCCGUGCUGCCGUCCGUGCAGGUCACCUGCUGCCUCUUUCGAACGCGGGGCUUGCUUUCUCAGGAUGUGGUGGUGAUCAACGAGGUGUUCGGCAUGCAGAUGUCCCACAACGCACUGCGGCAGAAGACCCUGAGGGUCGACAUCUGUAACACCAGCAAGUUGGGCCAUGAGGAGUGUCUGGCCGGAGCUCAAAUCAGCCUGGCUGAUGUCAGCUGCUCAGAGGACCGAUGCACCAAGUGGUACAACCUGCUGAAUCGCCACUACAUGUCUGAGCUCAGCAGCAAGGAUAAGGACACAAGAGUGGAGGACGGCUCUGACGGGACUCAUGAAGGAGUCCAGCCUCCCCAGACGGAUGAGUGGCAAGGUGCCCCUCUUGAGGCAGACAUGUCUGAUGAAGAGGAAGAAGAAGAUGAGGAGGAGGAGGAGGAGGAGGGUGUAGAACACCAGGAUGAAGAGGGCGAAUUUUAUCCUGACAGCAGCCAAUGGGAGGAAAAGAAAGAGGCGGAGGAAGAGGAGCAGAAGGUGACCAAACCCACUCCUACAGCGGCACCCUUCACAGAGAAGGUCAACAAAGAGACGAGCAUCGACAACCUGUCGUCAUCUCAUCAGUUGUCUGUGGUUCGGCCCAAGGAGCGUCGCCCCGACGUGCACCAGCAGAACCCCUUCAUGAGGGGCAACACCAUCAUCCGCUCCAAGACCUUCUCCCCUGGACCUCAGAGCCAGUACAUCUGCAGGAUUAAUCGAAGCGACAGUGACAGCUCCACGCUCUCCAAGAAGUCUCCGUUUGUCAGAAAUGCCUCAGAAAGACGCAGCAUGCGCAUGAAAAAGCCUCCUGUGCAGGUGAAAGGCCUUGACAGUCUCCUUCGCACAUCCCUGGACCUGGAACUGGACCUGCAGGUGUCUCGGACACGGCAGGCCCGGCUGGCCCAGGAGCUGCGAGUUCUACGGGAGCUUAAGACUCAGCUGGAGACGGCGAGGCAGCAGGGACAGAUGGAGCUGCCUGCCUGGGUCCAGGAGGACGAACGCUUCCGGAUCCUCCUCAAACAGGCUGAGAAACAGACUCGCGAGGAGCAGCUGCAGGAGAAACGGGUGGAGAAGAUGAUGAAGGCAGCAGUUAAGGACGUCCACAAGAUCAGAGGACAGAGUCGAAAGGAGGUCUCUGAGGUCCAGACCUUCAGGGAGAAGAUGGCGUUCUUCACACGAGCAAAGACCAGCAUCCCCGACCUGCCGGCCGACGACGUGUAGAGAAGCAUUUCAAAGUAUUUUCCCCUCCUCCGUCUGAUCCUCCUUGUUCUCACGCAGCGAGGCGAACGCUCGCUGGCGUCAUGAAGCGUUGAAAACCUGUUGGACACAAAACAAACAAAACGACAACAAAAACACUCAGAACGCUGAAGAAACACAUUUUAAAGCAGCUCAGCAUUUCUCAUGUGGAUAAGUCUCUGUAAAUGUAAGAUGGCUCUGCUGGAGCUUGUUCAUCUUUAUUCGCUGUUCUGUUUCUGUUACUAACCGGCUGUUUUUAGUUGUUUUAAGUCAUUCCAGCAAAAAAAAAAGAAAGAAAAAAACAACAUCUCAGACUUUUAUACUUAACCUCACACAAAUAAUAUACAUAAGUAGCACAAAAUUAAAUCAACAACGGUACUAGAGUUCAUUUUAUGCUGAUGAUGAAUCAAAACAAAUCUGAAAUUUUUUUGUAGAACAUUUAGAAAAUUGUAUAUGCAAACACACAAGCACAGUGUUUCUCUUUUUUUGGUAUUGUUUAUUUUGCUGCAGACAUGAAGAAAACAUAUAUGUAUGUUAAUGAGUCUGAAAGCCUUCAGUUUGUUAAAGCUUAACAAGAGUUUUAAUCCUUUAGAUUCAUCUAGGGUGUCUUUUUUUUUUCUCAAAGGGAAUUUCAUCAUGACACAUCAAGUUAGUGGAUCUAAAGUCCAGUUUCUUUAAAGAAAUGUGAAGCUCACAUUUUUUUCAGCCCUUACAAAGUUUAUUCUUUUUUCCAUUUUAAGCUUAAAGUAUUUGCUGAGAUAGAGCCAGUUAAAAAGGUCAGAGUUGGUGGAAAUAGAGAGAACAGGUGGUGUUUCUCAAUGAAUUCAGCUAAGGUCUGAAUGCUCUCUGAUUGAUUUUGUCUAUGAGAACUUUUAUAAACAGUUAUUGUGUUGAAAAGAAACUUAUUCUAGAAUGUAGAUGGUGGCCAUAUACUGGUGCUGCUUUCAUCGUCUUUAUUUGUAUUUAUUAGACAGGCAGGACACCUGCUUUACCUGCGGAGGCUACAUGUUGCAUGGGUGUUGGUCGUUUUUCUGAACAACAACUUAUCUCUAAAAUGUCAUGAUCUUUUAUAAGUAAGAAAAGCAGCAACAUCAAAUAAACAAGUGUUAAGUUAAAUUAUACGUUAUGAAAAAAGAAAAAGCACAAUGAGCUCUAAACCGUACUGUUCACCACAGGUGUCGCCAAAGCUUAACGAUCACAGCUUUCGUUCCAUAAGUAGAACAUAAAACAUGUAAAAGGAGCAGUUUUAUAUCCAAAAUGAAUAUAAAGAGUUAUUACAAUUGAUCGAUUAAUUGUUUACAUAUUCAUGUUAAAUUAACAGAAGAAAAUUUUCUUAUUGUUUUUAGACAAAUCCUUGAUUUAUUUAAUGAAAGCAGUAUGUUUGUUUAUUUUAUAAACUAUAUAAGCAUGUGUUUAUAUUAAAACUUGAAUUCAUUUAACAAAUGUAAUUGUAAUUCCCACCACUGACCACCGGUGUCGCCAAAACCCAAAGAUUACAGCAGCAUUUUUUUUCAGUAGAAUCUCAAACAGUAGCCUGUUUGCCUAGAAGAAGCAUUUUGAAAGCUAAACAAAAAUAAACAAGAUUAAUUUAAGAUGAUUUACUUUUUUUCUUAACGAUUCAUCUAAACUUUCAGGAUUAAAAUAAUUGUAUUCAAAUUUGAACGCAGGUCAUGAAGAAUAUUCCAUUAAAGCAGCAAGUUCCUUUAAUUGGAAAACAAAAUGAAAUAUUUGAAUCCUACUUUUUAUUAUCAAAGUAAAUUCAACACUUGAUGAAUGAGCUCAAACACCUGCAGUUACCACAUUUGACCACAGGUGUCGCCAAAUCAUAAGGAUUAAAACUCUUGUUUCUUUAGUAGAAUCUGCAGUUUUACCUAAAACACAACUUUUAGUUCACUUUUAAGACGAUUGUAGAACAUUACACACCUACUCAGCGAGGAAAACCAGAGUUAAUCUGUGUUUUACGGACAUUUGGUAAAAAUACAAACAUUUUGUUAAUGUGAUUUACUCCAACCAGCUCAGCAAAGCGUAGAAACAACACUAACUCACUAACACUCAGGUAGUUUAUUGGAUAGUCUGCACUUUAUAAAAUUUUAGGAGUAAGACCCCACAGAAAACGAAACUUGAUAUGAGGUUUUAUGGAAAAUGAAAAAUCCUUAAAGCCUCUUACCCACGCUGGAUGAUUUUUGAUUGUUGAAGCACGCAGGAAGUGAAGAUCAAAUGUAUUUUCGGUGACUGUGAAUUCCUACUGAUUGUAUGUUUGUUCACAAGAGAGAAAAAAAUAUUCCUGUAAACCAACAGGGAGACAAAAGUUUAUUUUUAAAGAUCCCUCUCUUUUGUCCGGUUUGUUUUGUUUUGGUCCCAUUUCGUCAAUCUUAGUUUUCGGCUUGUUCCACCAGUGUUUCCCUGCUAUAACUGGAGUAUUUAUGUACAUAGCAAAGUCGCUCUGACGUGUCUUAUAACUGGAAGUAAAAAUGUUUUGCACCAACAUUUUAAACAUAUCACCUUUUAUUUUUUUUCUGGCCCUAAAUGAGACCCAUUAAAUGUCUGUUUACUGCACCUAUUUCAGCUUGUUUUGGUUUUACAGCCCGUACCUUUACAGUUUUCAAUCUUUUCAGUGGCCGCCUGUUUUACUGUUUACACAAUGAUUAAAGGGACAGUUCAGUUUU